UUUGGAGUCGACUUUCGCUCAGUCAUCCACAGAAGGCGCCGCUCGCUGCUCAAGUAAAGAUGCCGUACACUUCGUGGGUCUCGUGUUUGUGGAUUACUUUGCUGCUAAGCUGCACGGGCAUGGCUGGCGCGAGGAGACCUGAGUCCUCAGCCUCUCUGGGCAGCCUGUUCCGCGCUAGGUGUGCCGCGAGAUGCCUCAGCCUCUAUAACACUCGCAUCGCCUCCUCCUACAGGAUCGCGCAGGUGAACGGCUCUCUGGGCUGGUGCCAGGACCACAAGCAGUGUGCCAAGUGCUUGGAGCCAUGCAAGGACUCCUGGGAGCUGCGGGAUGGGCCAUGUCGUGAUCUGUGUGAGGGGUCGUUUCCUAGGAAACAUGGGGAGUGUGUGACGAGCUGUGAGUUCCUGCGCUCGGUGAUGGCGGAGAAGCAGGGCGAGUGCCCCACCGAAGGGUUACCAAGCCCCUUCGCCAAGCCUUCGUGGGAGAGCUGCGAGGAGGACGGCGAGUGCUCCGCUCACAAGAAGUGCUGCUCCAACGGCUGCGGCCACACCUGUCAGCAGCCCAAGAACCUCUACAGGGGUGCUCCUCUGAAGCCGCGCAAGGAGCUGGCGUUCGAGGAGUUGCCGCGCGGCGGACUGGAGGUGCGCUGGUCCUCACGCUUCAACGUGUCGGCCGAGCCUGUGGUGUACGUGCUGGAGCGCCGCUGGAACUACGGCAUCCAGCCCAGCGAGGACAGCGCCACCCCAUGGGAGGUGGUGGCACAGACCACGGAGGAGCGGGCCAGUCUACCAGACACGCGGCCCGGCAGGUGGUACCAGUUUAGAGUCUCUGCCAUCAAUGUCCAUGGAACCAGAGGACCCACCACACCCAGCAGACACUACCGAUCCACAAAAGACCCUGCUGCUCCCUCCACCCCUAGUGACCUCAGGCUGGUGAACUUGACCGUUGGCGGCGAUGGCGCUCUGACUGCCCGUCUGGGCUGGGCUUUGCCCAGCAACCCUGACAUCCCUGUGCACCACUACAGGGUCUCCUGGAGCUGGACUGGAAACGCAGGGGCUGAGUCACCCCCGAGAGUCAAACGCAGGAAGACUGCUACUGGGAUGAUCUUCCCAGCAGAAAUAAAUUGUAUAACUUACAAUCAGUUCCCCUCUUCUUCUCCAGCAGAGCCCCCAACUGACCGGUCUCCUGCCGGGAAACAGUCGUCUGACCUCAUGGAUGUGGGAACGCCAUUCUACCAGGACGGCCAGCUGCAGGUCCGAGUCUAUUGGAAGAGGAGAGAUACCUCCGUGGGGCGCUACCGUGUCCAGUGGACUCCUGAGGUCUGCAGCCAUAACCAGACCAGAACCACUGAGAAGAUCAACACCGAGGAGAAUUUUGCCAGUCUGCCCAACCUGCUGUUCUCGUGUAAGUACACAGUGACCAUCCAUCCCGCGGGCACCAAGGGCCGUGCCCAGGCCGAGAGCACCAGCUUCUACACCCCUUCCUGUGCCACUCUCCGUGCCAAGAGCUCCAAACAUAUCCCCUGCCCUGGAGACAUAAUGGGUCUGUCUCUCCCUAAGACGUCCGCUCGGGCUGAGAACCUGACGGCCUCGUUCUCCGUCCAGCAGGGGAACGUGACGGCGCUCUUCUCCUGGAGCGUGGCUCCGACCCGCCCGCCUCCGCCGGUCACCGGCUUCCAGGUCACGUGGACGGAGAUGAUGGGUGAGGGCCGCAAGAACGGCCUGCCCAACAGCCUGGUGUCUCAGUCGCAGAUCCUGCCCCCAGACCACAGGCUCCUGCUGGUGUCGGGGCUGCAGCCAGCGUCUCUCUACCGGCUGGAGGUCCAAGUGCUGACAGCCACCGGGGAGGGACCGGCCACCCUCAGGACCUUCCAGACGCCCAACACGCCCAGAAGAGUGCAGCCUUACCGUCUGCGUCUGAAGAAGCACCAUGCCAAGGCACUGGUGGAGCGCCACUGAGCUCAGAGGCACCGGACAGCCCUCCAGGCCAGAGGAAGCGGAUCUCUGCCACCGAUGGGACAGCAGGAGAGAGUGACCACCAAGAACCUCAACGACAGCAAAGUGGAGGGAAGGAUGGACGGAGGAGAGUGAAGCUGGGAGGCGGAGGAGUGGUGCAUCGCUCUGGUCCACAGGAUCUCUUCACCCCAUCCACCCACCCACCCAAACACUCUCCCCUCUUUAACUCUGGAAAACCUCCAGUGCUCUCCAACACAACUGGACUUUGGACAUGAUUGGUGUAAAACAAGAGUUUUGGAAAAUUUUAAUCUAAUGUGUGAUAUGCUUGUGAUGGAAUACUAACCCCC